AUGACUAAAGAGAAAGAAAAGCAAGAAGAAACUGAAAUUCAAACAAUUCAUCCAAACAAAGAGCAAUUAACUCGGCGGUAUGCGUUGGUACCUGAGCAGCAAAGCAUCCAACAAGAUGAUGCUGAGAGGCAAGGUUGUUCGGAUAAUGUAAUUAUUGUACCACACCUGAAGAUAUCUCCCAAUGAUUCACAACUUUUCAGUCGAGCAAUAAGUUCCGGAGGUGGACUAUUGGCUGAUUUACAAAGGGCAACAAUUGCAACUCAAGCAUUUUAUGCCGAUGCAAAUGAGCAAUCAAGGACCAGAUCACCAUGGAUUCUGAAGCGAUUGUAUGAAUGGUCGCAUCGAGCCAAGAGGCGAGAAAUAAUAAAACACGUGCAAGCAGCAUUGGAAACAUCCGGAGAUCAUGAAUUUGAUGAUGAAGAAUUAGAAAAAUUACUUCUGCUCAAGUGGGAUGAAAUAUUUGCUGUUAAUGUGGAAAAUUUGGAAUCGAUAGAUAAAAAGCGUUUACAAGCAGUGUGGGAGUUAUUUCAUAAAGAACUGAUAUUCCUACGCAAGCAACUCCUCGUUUUAAGAAAUGUUUACAAGGAACCGUUGAAAAAAUGUCAGGUUGAAGGAUGUUUGUUAACUGUGGAACCGGAUUUACUUUUCGGAAAUCUUGAUCAAAUAUGCCGGAUAAGUUGGUCAUUUUGUAAGUCAUUUCUUAGAAUAUUGAAUGAAGCUGGCGCUGUCAACAAAAAUAGUAGUUACAGUACAACUAAUCUUGUUGUGAAAUUGUUCGAGCGGUUCUCCAAAGGACCAUCAACAAUAUCUGCUUAUCAGGCAUACUGCAUCAAUUACAAAGCUACAGUGGAAUAUUUAGGAUUAAUACGAGAAAAAGAGGAACGCUUCACAGAAUUUGAACGGGUAUGUCUAACAGAUCCGCGCUGUGAACGUCUACAACUGGAAGAUUUGCUAAUAGCGCCAUUACAGCAUAUUACAAGGCUGCCUAUUCUGUUGAAAGAAAUUCACAAAUAUACCAAAGAUAGUGACGACAAAGAACGGAUUGAAAAAGUUAUCGAAAACAUGAACGAAUCAUUGAGAUCGAUAGAUGAUUCCGUUCAAUGGUUGCACAAUUUUGAACGAUUACAGCAGCUACAAAAUUCUGUCAUUUGGCCAUCAAUCAUUGAAUUGGAAACACGAACGUUUAUUCCAGAGUUCUUGCGAAUAGCGCUAUCCAGACAAUUUUGCGAGAAUCUUUUAGCACAUCCAAGAAGGAAAUUAAUCCUUGAGGGUCAUCUAGAGCUUGUUGAAAACGGUAGAACAUGUGACUGUUAUGCGUUCUUAUUCAACGAUAUGUUUCUACUAACAAAAAUGAAGAAAUGCACGAAAAUUAAAAAAGGUACGACACAGUUGACGAAAUCAGAACAAUACGUUGUCCAAAAGCAGCCAAUACCGUUGGAUUCUUGUGUCUUCUGUGAUGCUGAUUCUAACGAUUCUACUACCAGUAUGUCAUUAAAAUUUGCAUUUGUGAUUAUACAUCUCACACGGUACUACCAAGUGGUAUCGAUUUUUACCUUGCAGGCUGCUAAUAAGCUCGAUAAAGAGUUAUGGAUUGGAAAAUUCCAAGAAUCAAUUGAAAAGUAUGAAUCGAUCCAGUUGAAAGAUAUGUUAAAAUGUACCCCACUUUACUCCAGUUUAUCCUUGCGGUGUUGUUCAUCAUCUCGUCUAAUGCAACUGAAUACCCGCUGUAAAAAUCCCAGUGAUGUAAAACCAUCACAUUCCAGUGAACAACUGAAGGAAGCGACAGAGAACGAAGCAGUGCAAACAGAUCAUCGACACAAAUCGAAAUCAGUGGAUGCUACUAUUAAUAUUCAUAGUUCGAAAUCGUCAUCAGAUAUAAGGGCAAUACAGCUCGGCGUUGAAACUAUUUGA